AUGGAUAAGCAGUGUUCCAUAUGUAAUAAAGAAUUCUCCUUUAUCAAACAAAACAAAUCAAAAUGUAAAAGAUGCGGACUUGUAGUAUGUCUUGAUUGCAAUAAAAAUGAAUUCAAAGUAGCCAUCUACUUCAUUCUACUUCCUAGAUCUCUUCCUCCAUGUUGAAACCACUCAAAAAGGAAAAAGUGUGUCUACAAUGCAAAACUGAUUGUUUAUAUAUGGAAGAGUAAUUAGAACAGUCAGAAUUGUCGUGGAAUAAGGAAACAGAAUUAUAAAUUGAUCUUUAUCAAUAAUCCUUAAAUUUAGAGUAAUAUAAAUAGUAAAUUAAAAAUGCCAAAGCUAAUGAGAAUUAUAAAUAGAAUCUUGAAUAAAUUAAAUCUGAUUUAAUAAAAGUAAUCAAUUUUACAUAAUAUAAUUUAGUGUUUCAUUACAUAAGAAAUGUUUAAUUAUUCAUUUUAGGAUUGGAUUUGUCAUUCAACUAAUAAAAUGAAAGUUAAUUAAAUUUUUGAUGAUAUAGAGAAUCUAUUAGUUGUAUUUUUGUAUAGAAAUGCAGAAGUGGGAUACUCUUGCGAAUUAUUAUAAAUUUCAAUUGUUUUACUGACAUUAAUGAAAGACUUUGCUGCAUUAUAAUUAUUAGAAUAAUUAUAUGAAUUAAUGCCAAAUGAAUAUUGGCCUACUUCAACAUAGGAACCAAAUAUAUAAACUUUAGUUUAAGAUUUCCAAUUAGCCUUCAAAAUUGAUUCAACUUAAAUUUCUUAAAUUAAAAAAUUUAUGGAAUUCUUUUCGACUCCAAAUACAUAGAGUUUAUUCAUUAAAGGAUUAAAUUUUUCUUGUUUUCAUAUUAUAUUUUUAGAAUUUGUUUAGUAGAUGAAUUUUGAAGUCAUUUAAAAAUAUUUGAUAGUAGUUGCAAAAUGUUGUCUAAAAUCAUUUGGAUAAUUUGGUUUUGAUUACAAGACAAUAGGCAAAUAAAUUCUAACUAAAACUGAUUAUAAAUGUAUCUUAUUUAUUCCAUUAUAUUUGAGCUAUCACAUAAAUUAAAACCUUAUUGGACUAAAAGCUAGGAAAUUCUUAAUUAACAUUUUCAAGUCCCAAAGGUAGUAUGAUUAGAAAACGUAAUUCUGUUUGCAGCAUUGAUAAUGGUAGUUUUAUUGAUACUCUACCUUAAAUUAUGACACAAUAGAAUUCUUAAAGAGAAAUUAAAAUCGAAGAUAAUUUUAUUUUUAAUUUUUAGAAUGAACAAAACUUAUAAAUAAUACAAUUAAUGAAAAUGAUUGAACAGAAGAAAAAAGAACUUCAUGAAUUAUAAAUAAAAAAUAAUGCUUUAAAAAAUCAAACACAAAAUAAGAAAUAGAUUUCUAAAUAAGAUCAUGAAAAUUAUAUUAAAAUGAUUGAGAAGUUAUCCUAAGAGAUCUAAGAAGAAUUAAUUUAAGGAUUAUAGCUAUGCGAUUAGAAAUGA